AUGUCACAACCACAGAUUGAUUUUGAAAAGAUUAAAUUACAAUCAGAUGGUACUGUUAAAGGUUAUAUAUCUACUGGAUUUAAUGAAAUUGUAUUAAAUAAUCCUUAUUUUGCUGCUGGUGGUGGUUUAAUGCUAUUGGGUACUGGUUUGGCUUUAACAAGAUCGGGUAUUGUUAAAAGUUCGGGUUUUAUUUAUAGACAAUUAUUAGUUGAUCUUGAAAUACCUUCAAAAGAUAAGUCAUAUCUUUGGUUUUUAGAAUGGAUGGCAAAAUACAAACAUCGUUCAUCAAGACAUUUAUCAGUUGAGACUAAUGUUAUAACUCAUGAUAAUGGUGCAAUUACUACAAAAUUUUCAUUAGUCCCUGGGCCUGGUAAACAUUUAAUACGAUAUAAAGGUGCUUUUAUGUUGGUUAAUCGUGAAAGAAGUGGUAAAUUAUUGGAUAUGACUAGUGGUACACCUUUUGAAACAGUUACAUUAACAACAUUAUAUCGUGAUCGAAAUUUAUUUAAUGAAUUAUUAUCAGAAGCAAAAAGUAUGGCAUUAAAAUUAAGAGAAGGUAAAACUGUAAUUUUCACAUCAUGGGGACCUGAAUGGAGACCAUUUGGACAACCAAGAUCAAAAAGAUUACUAGGAUCAGUGAUUCUAGAUAAAGGUAUCGCGGAAAAUAUUUUAAAUGAUGUCAAAGAUUUUUUAACUAGUAGUGAUUGGUAUCAUAGAAGAGGUAUACCUUACAGAAGAGGUUAUUUAUUGUAUGGUCCUCCAGGAAGUGGUAAAACAUCUUUUAUUCAAGCAUUAGCGGGUGAAUUAGAUUAUAAUAUUUGUAUUUUAAAUAUUUCAGAGAAUAAUUUAACUGAUGAUAGACUCAAUCAUUUAAUGAAUCAUAUACCAAACAGAUCUAUCUUGUUGUUAGAAGAUGUUGAUGCUGCUUUUAAUAAAAGAGAACAAGUUAAUGAACAAGGUUAUACCAACGGUGUUACAUUUUCAGGAUUAUUAAAUGCUUUAGAUGGUGUGGCAUCUGCUGAAGAAUGUAUUACAUUUAUGACAACAAAUCAUCCUGAAAAACUAGACUCUGCUUUAAUGAGACCUGGUAGAGUUGACUAUAAAGUUCUUGUUAAUAAUGCAACUGAAUAUCAAGUUAAAAAGAUGUUUUUAAGAUUUUAUGAAAAUGAAUUUGAUUUAUGUGAUCAAUUUUUAGCAAAAUAUAGAAAAUUAAACUUGCAAAAUAUAAGUACAGCUCAAUUACAAGGUUUAUUUGUUUAUAAUAAAAGAGAUCCUAAAGCUGCUAUAGAUAUGAUAGAGACAUUACAAAAUCCAAAUACUGUAUUUUAG